AUGAACUCUAAACAGAAACAAAUGCAGUCAUCCUCCUUCAAUAACGACUAUAAGAUUUAGGUAAAGUUUACUCCUUUGCUUAAUACUUUUAUCUCAACCAAAAUAAAUAUCACAUUAAUCCUGAUUUAAUGCUUCAAUUAGGUCCUAGUUAAAGAUGGGUUAAAUAUCAAGAGCCGUAUUGAUCAAAAUGGAAUUUUCAAAAUUAAACAGCCUACCUCACAAGAAAUGACAAUGGCUGAUACCACAGGACAUAGUAAUCACAUAAAGAGAUCCAUCAAUAACAACGAGAAUCAGAAUAUAAAUAACAAUGAAAAUAGAAAGAGUGAAAUCGAUUAGAGAUAAAUGAAAAUUCUCUCCUAAAACAAUCAGGCCUACAACAAAUUCUUUAAUGUGACUAGUUUACUUGACAAACUCACUCGAAAGGGAGUGGCAACUUAGAGACGCUAGGAAACAGCUAGCAGUCUAAAGAUCAUUUUCUAAGAUAUUAUGGUAGAAAACUUAGAACAAAAAACGCGACUUGACAAAUUUUACAAUAAUAGCAGCGAGUCCGCCAACGAUAGCUCUGCUUCCAGAAUCAAAGAGAAAAAUACUGCUGGCUCGAUAAUUGAUAAUUUUGGAUCUGCUAUCAAUACUGAUGAUGCCUAGUUACUAGAGUAGAUAUCCAGACUACAGGCAAAAGUUUGGUCGUUGCAAUCAGAGAAUGAUCUUCUAAACUAAAAAAUGAUUCAAAUGAUAUAAAGCAAAGAAUAGAAGGAUCACUAAAUGAAGACAAUAAAUAAAUAAAUUGAAGUUCUUCUCUAAGAAGCUUAACCAAAGGGUGCUAAUGGCUAAAAUCAAUAUCUAAAUACAAAUGGAUCGAAUAUAAGUUCUCACAAGAAUAACAGCGGCUUGAAUUUAGGAGGAGCUAGUGCUUUGAAAUCACCUCAGAGUCAUAAAGAAAGAGAGAUGACAUUUUAAAAUCAAAAUUUCAGUUCAAAAAGCAACUAAACUUAAUCAGAUUUAAGUUACAAGGGAGGUAAUAGACAUUAAAGAGGUAAAUAUAGUGGAGGCUAAAUACCUCAUACUCAUUCAAAUCAGUAGUUUAAUAAUCUUCUUUCAUCUGAGCUAGAUGCAAUUGAGUCCGAUAAAGAAGGGGAGGAUUUUAUAUAAAGUUCUAUAAAUAAAAAAAACCUUAAGAUGAAGACUACCGAUAUAAACGAAGAACUAUUUGAAAACAAUGAUCUCUUCGGAUACGGCAAUAAGAAUAACAAUAAGUAUGAAGAGACUAAAGAAAAUCUCAGAUAUCAGCACAUCUUUGAUACUACAGAUAACUUUGAGGACUAGGAUCACAAAUAAGAAGAGCAAAAUUUAUCUAGUGAAGACUACGAUUCAGACCAUUUAAUAAACAAUAUUAAAAAGAAUAUAGAUCAAAUAAGAAAAAUAACUACAUCAAGUGGCAGACCAGCAGGUGUUACUCCUGGGUACCAUAUGCGUCGAAAAAGCAAAUAUGCUCUAGAUUAGCAUCGAUAAGAAUCCAGGUCUUUCAAAGAGGCUCCAGGAUUUAACCUAAGAUCAAAAUCAUUUAUCAGAACAACUUCUGGAAUGGGCUUAGGUAUUGAUGACAACAUGAUUAGCGCAGAACAGAACUUUUUGACUACAAAUUUUGGUGUGAAUCCCCCGGCUCUGUAAUAAGUGAAUCACACUCCAUCAAGAUCUGGUAGCCACAUGGGUAGAUCAGGUAGCGAAGCUCCGUAUUCUUAGUCAGCUGGUACUAAAAGAUUUGGAAGAUCUGUAGGCCGUGAUAAUAAAUUUGAGCCAAAAAGUACCUGGGAGCCAAAUGAAUAAGGUGAUCAGUGCAAAAUAUGCAAUAAUAAAUUCUCAAUCCUUAAGAGAAAGCACCAUUGCAGAAAAUGUGGAUUAUUGGUAUGUGCAUCAUGCAGUGGAAAUAACUGGUAUGUCCCAGGGUACGCUGAUCAAAAAGUCAGAAUGUGUGAUUCGUGUUAUAAAGAGUGGAUGGCUUACAAAGUCAGUGCUCAUAACAUAAAUAAAACAUCAGUGUUCUCUUCUUAUUUUGGCAAUAACUAGAUACAACAGACUAAUUCUUGA